GAAUACGGACCCUUUCUUGGGGAUGGUUUGGUACCAACGGGUUCCUGCUCCUUCCCCGAGGGAGCAACAAUUCUUACCGCAGAUGAUGAAGGCCUUGCGAAGAAGGCCAUCUCUCCCGAAGCCAUCCUACGAUGAGGAGAUGGAGGAGGACGACAAGUCGUCAAAGCAGAGUCAGCGACGCAUAGGCCAUUAUAUGUAAGCGCCCAUAUUAGCCAAUGGUACAAACAAACGCCCGUAAUACUCGCUACCGCCAUCUCCUCUUGUCUCCUAACCACCACCAUCUUGACUUGUAACGACCAUGUCUUUGGCUAGAGACGCUGCUGCUUUCAAAAAUGCCCUUCAUAGACAGGACUACUCUUCGUGGCAUUCUCAGCCACCGCCUCUGCAGGCACAAGAUGCGGCAGCAGCGUCUUCCUCUAAAUCCAAGAAGAAACGGCCGAAAUCAAAUGUCGUUUAUUCCCAGCCCGCAGAUACUGGAACAGGCACGAAUGUCAACACACAGUUACUCUACGCCGUGAAUUAUUUGAAGACUAGCGGCAACCCUACACGAUUGCAAGACCUUGCUAUCUUGACAGGCAUCCCUCUAGAUACAGACAAGGUUCUGUUUGAAAAGUUCAGGGCGCAUGAUCGUGUUGUACAUGACCCACGGACGGAUCUCUAUUCGUACCGACACGAUUUCAAUGUGCGAAAUAAAGCCGCUCUUCUGACAGAGAUUCAGCGGCAGACUCGAAAGGGCGGCGGACUAUCGGUGCGCACCCUGAAGGAGAGUUGGAAGGAGGCGCCACAAGCCAUCGAAGAGCUUGAAAAGGAGGGAGAGGUGUUUGUUACUCGGACGUUGAAGGAUGGUCAGCUGCGGAUGGUUUUUUGGAAUGAAAUCAAGCCCAACGAGGAACAAGGAGGCAUGCAAGUCGAAAAGGAGUUUCUUGAUCUUUGGCACUCACUUGAAGUGCCGAACGAUGUCGACCUCUUGAAACAACUCGCGAGCGAGGGUUUGCAAGCAACUGCAGGAGAGACUCUUGUACCGAAAGCGCCAGUUACCAAGAAGAAGGGAAAGAAGUCUGCCCAGAAACAACGUCCCAUUCGGCUCACAAACCUGCAUCUAAAGGGACAAAUAGAUCUAUCCAGGGAUUAUUUUCCGCAAGGGAAGUAAGCGUGAGGUCGUUAGACUAUGGACUCUUUUCUUGGUACCACACCUAUAUGCCGGACAUUCCUUUUUGUAUUUUAGAUUGCCGGGCUUAUACAGGUGGUAGAAUUUUUUUGAAUGCUUGACGGCUUGACGACACUAUCUGUGGUGGCUGUAAAUGUUUCUUACAAGGUUGUACCUUUCUCUCCAAUAUGCCAGGAUAGAACUUGGCUGCCUUAUCUGCAGUUUGUUAACAGAAGGUAAGUGAUCAAUUAUCAAAGCUAUCUUUAUAUCCCUUCUAAUUGUUCUUAGUCUCCUAAUAUUGCCAGUGAAACUUUGUACAUCUGACCUGUCAUCUCUUUCUAAAUUCAUUGCAUUCUUUGAAGAGUCUUUGUAAUUGUUCAAUGUCAUCUUUAUCUCAAACAAAGCUUAUAUCAUUGA